AUGGAUAAUAAAGAAAUUGAAAUUCUGAUGAUUGGCCUGGAUAGUGCCGGCAAAACUAAGCUGCAUUAUACCCUAAAACAAGGUCAUGUUGAAAGCACCAUACCCACUUUGGGUUACAAUGUCGAAACAAUUGAAUACCAUGGAAAUAAUUUCACAAUUUAUGAAAUUGGUGGCCUCAAUACUGUACGGAUUUUAAGAAAUUUUUACACUGAAAAUAAGUCGGCUGUCAUUUAUGUCCUUGACGUGGCCGAAAAGGAGCGUUUUGUCGAAGCUAAGGAGGAUUUACAUAACGUGUUUGAGUGCAAUAGCAAUUUGAAUAAUGCAGUUCUAUUGGUGUUGGGAAAUAAAUUAGAUUUAUGCCCGGAAUUCGAUCUUAGCAGUUUGGCUGAAGUGCUGCAGUUAGGGGAUUUAAAACAGAAAUGGAGUGUACAUGGAAUAUCUGCGGUGUCGGACGGUCGUGAAAAACUAUGUGAAAUAUUUGAGAUUUUAUUGAGAAUGUUAAAAGAGAAAGAUAAUAAAACAGAAUAG